AAAGCUAGCUGGCCCUUCCGCCCCGCCUGCUGCUCUGUUCAUUCUCACGUCCAUGAUGCUCAGCAGCUUUAUUCCCUUCUUGCCAGUGGUCAAAGGACACGUUUAAAUUUCUUAUUUCCUCUAGGGAGCCUGGACAGAGGCAGCAGGCGUCUAAUACAGGAAAUCAUGUGGAGAGGAUCUCUUCUUUAAUACAGUUCCCAGAUGACUUCCCCUCCCCCAGCCUCCGCCCCCACCUCCAGGCGCACUGAGCCUCCCAGCUUCUUCCUGCAGCAGAGGCCAGAAGGCACUCUCACCUCUGCUCCCUAAGGUCUGCGUGAGCCCGAGGAUCUGAAGUCCGGUCUUGGGAAACCCCACCCUCCGGGGGAUGGGGGAUUGAAUCGGAGGCCCUGAAGUCUCACCUCCCCAAAGAGGUUCUUGGGAAACUCUCCAGGACAAGGUUAAAUUUCAGGAGCCUGCAAAGCCCAGAAGAGAAAGGCAAGGCAACUUAAACUUGAAGAAAUGAAAUCUCCAAGGAGAACCACCUUGUGCUUCGUGAUGAUUGUGAUGUACUCUUCCCAAGCUGCACUGAACUUGAAUUUAGAGUCAGUUGUUUAUCCUUCGCUUCUCCAUGGACAUGGCCUAGCAGGGGAGGACCCAGUAAGGCAAAAACGGACUGUUGCCGCAAGUCCGUCUGCAGCUCGAGAGUUCACUGUCAAUGUUGAGAUCGCUUUGGAAAAUGCCUCCUUCCUGGAGCCCAUCAAAGCUUACUUGAACAGCCUCAGUUUUCCAAUUCAAGGGAAUGACACUGACCCAGCCACCAACAUUCUGAGCAUCGAGGUGACAGCAGUCUGCAGCCCUACUGGCAAUGAAAUCUGGUGCUCCUGCGAGACAGGUUAUCACUGGCCUCAGGAAAGGUGCCUCCACAAUCUCACCUGUCAAGAGCACGGCGGCUCCCCUGCAGGGCAUCACUGCAGUUGCCUUAAGGGACUGCCUCCAAAGGGACAUUUUUGCCAGCUCCAGAGGGAUGUUAUCCUGAGAAUGUCGGUCAGACUCAAUGUGGGCUUUCAAGAAGACCUCAGGAACUCUUCCUCUGCCCUUUAUAGGUCCUACAAGACUGACUUGGAAACAGCGUUCUGGAAGGGCUACAGUAUUUUACCAGGCUUCAAAUUGGUGACCGUGACAGGGUUCAGGCCCGGAAGUGUGAUUGUGACGUAUGAAGUCACGACUACAACAGCAUCCCCUGAAUUAAUGCAUAAAGCGCAUACGCAAGUUACACAGAGCCUCAAUCAGACGUACAGGAUGGACAGCAGCUCCUUCCAGGUUACUUACAGCAUUGAAACCAAGUUCUCCAUUAUACCAGAAUCUGCCUUUGAAGGGGAUACAGUAACUCUGGUGUGUGAAUACGAAGGUUCGUCCCCCAAUGUCUCCUGGUACCACGCCGAGAAGGGCUUCGACAUCCAGAACAGCAGCAGAUUCUCCAUCUCCACCUCCCUGCUCGACAACACGACCUCUGUAUCCCGCUUCACCAUUCACAACAUCACUCAGGAUGACGAGGGUGAAUAUAUUUGCAAACCGACAUUGGAUAUUUUUGAAUCUGAGGCCAGAAAAAAAGUAAAUGUUAUGCCCAUCCGGAUUUCGGAAAAGAAAUACAUGAAUGUGAUAUGUGACAGCAAGCCUGUGUCUUUGAACUGCUGCAGUGAGAUUAUUGUGAACUGGAGUAAAGUUGAAUGGAAGCAACAAGGGGCAAUAAACAUUCCAGGAAGCCCUGAAACAGACACAGACACCAGCUGCAGCCGAUACACCCUCACGGCCAGCGGGACCCAGUGUCCCAGCGGGUCGUCUGGGACGACGGUGGUCUUCACGUGUGAGUUCCUCAGCGCCUACGGAGCCAGAGAGAGUAAGGACAUAGAAGUGACGUUCACCUCCGUGGGAGAUAAUUCCAGCCGCAAAGGGGACGUGCAUGAGUUCCUCAGGCAUGUGCCGGAAAUGAGUACAGUUCAGAGCACCACCGGGAACAGCCUAGAAACAAGUAAAGCCCAGGAGCAGCCAGCCAACCUAACAAUAACCCCGGACCCAAUUUCUGUUUCUGAGGGACAAAGCUUUUCUAUAAAGUGCAUCAGUGAUGUGAGUAACUAUGAUGAGGUCUACUGGGACAAUUCUGCUGGAAUUAAAAUAUAUGAAAGGUUUUAUACCACGAGGAGGUAUCCUGAUGGAGCGGAGUCUGUGCUGACAGUCAAGACCUCGACCCGGGAGUGGAAUGGAACCUAUCGCUGCAUAUUUCGAUAUAAGAAUUCGUACCGUGUCAUGGCCAAAGACGUCACCGUCCACCCGCUGCCUCUCAAGCCCAAUAUCCUGGUUGACCCUUUGCAAGCUGCCGUUCUGUGCACAAGCUCCCAGCACAUCAAGUGCUGCAUAGAAGAGGACGAAGACUACAGGGUCACUGUCCACAUGGGCUCCCUGUCCUUCCCUGCGGCAAAAGAAGUUAACGGGAAGCAAGUGUGCUACACAUACAAUUUCAUGGCAAACUCAAUUUCCUGUCCAGAAAAUGUGGAUGCGUUUUGUCACUUUACCAAUGCUGCUAAUAAUUCAGUCCGGAGCCCAUCCAUGAAGCUGAAUCUGGUUUCUGGGGAGAUAAUCACGUGCCAAGACCCUCUAAUCGGCGUUGGGGAGCCUGAGAAGGUCGUUGAAAAGCUUUGUCGAUUUUCCCAAGUUCACAGAAGCCCCAGGAGUCCCAUUGGCGGGGUCAUAACUUACAAAUGUGUGGGCUCCCAGUGGAAGGUCAAGAGGAAUGAGUGCAUCUCGGCCCCAAUAAACACUCUGCUCCAGCUGGCCCAGGCUUUGAUCAAGAGCCCCUCUCAGGAUAAGAAGCUUCCGUCCUACCUGAAGGAUCUUUCUGUUAGCACAGACAAGGCAAAACAUGACGUCAGCUUGUUUCCUGGGGACCUGGGAGCCAUCAUCAGCAUCCUUGAUUUGCUCUCGAUGGUUCCAACUCAAGUGGAUUCAGAAAUGAUGAUGCACGUUCUCUCCACGGUCAGCGUCAUCCUCGGCAAGCCCGUCUUGAAUACCUGGAAGAUGUCACAACAGCAACAGACCAACCAGAGCUCCCAGCUCCUGAAUUCAGUGGAAAGAUUUUCCCGAGCUUUACGGUCAGAAAGCAGCAGCAUCUCCCAUCCUAACGUGCAGAUGAAGAGCAUGGUGAUAAAAUCUGGCCACCCCAAGUCCUACAAACAGAGCUUUGUUUUCUUAGACUCUGACCUCUGGGGCAACGUGACCAUCGACGAGUGCCAGCUCCAGCACCUGCAGCCAGGGUCAUCUGUUGUCACCGUGGCUUUCCCGACUCUCAAAACCAUCCUUGCCCAGGAUACUCAGGAAAAGAAUUCUGCAAACAGCUUAGUGAUGACAACCAUUGUCAGCCACCGUCUACCCACGCCAUUCAGGAUUGCAAUGACUUUCAAGAACAACAACCCUCCGGGCUGGGUACCCCGGUGCGUCUUCUGGAACUUCAGCCUCGCCAACCACACAGGGGGCUGGGACAGCAGUGGCUGCUAUGUUAAAGAAGUCACCGAGGACAGCGUGUCCUGCAGCUGUGACCACCUCACAUCCUUCUCCAUCCUCAUGUCCCCCGAUUCCCCAGACCCCAGUUCUCUCCUGAAAAUCCUACUAGAUAUCAUUUCCUACAUUGGCUUGUGCUUUUCCAUCGUGAGCUUAGCAGCCUGUCUCGUUGUGGAAGCUGUGGUGUGGAAAUCGGUGACCAAGAACCGGACUUCCUCCAUGCGUCACAUCUGCAUCGUGAACAUCGCCACCUCCCUUCUGGUCGCCGACAUCUGGUUCAUCGUGGCGGCCGCCAUCCACGACCAUCACUACCCACUCAACGAGACGGCCUGUGUGGCCGCCACCUUCUUCAUCCACUUCUUCUACCUCAGUGUCUUCUUCUGGAUGCUGACGCUGGGCCUCAUGCUCUUCUAUCGGCUGGUCUUCAUCCUGCACGACACAAGCAAGUCCCUGCAGAAGGCCAUUGCGUUUUCCCUCGGCUAUGGCUGCCCUCUGGUCAUCUCUGUCAUCACGGUGGGGGCCACCCAGCCCCAGGAGGUCUACACAAGGAAGAACGCCUGCUGGCUCAACUGGGAGGACACCAAGGCCCUGCUGGCCUUUGUCAUCCCUGCACUGAUCAUCGUGGUGGUGAACGUGACCAUCACUGUGGUGGUCAUCACCAAGAUCCUGAGACCUUCCAUCGGGGACAAGCCCAGCAAGCAGGAGAAGAGCAGCCUGUUUCAGAUCAGUAAGAGCAUCGGGGUCCUCACGCCACUCCUGGGGCUCACCUGGGGCUUCGGUCUUGCCACCGUGUUCCAAGGGAGCAAUGCCGUCUUCCACAUUGUAUUCACCCUCCUCAAUGCCUUCCAGGGAUUAUUCAUUUUACUCUUUGGAUGCCUCUGGGAUCAGAAGGUACAGGAAGCCUUGCUGAAUAAAUUCUCACGGUCGAGAUGGUCUUCGCAGCACUCGAAGUCAACAUCCCUAGCUUCAUCUACACCUGUAUUUUCUAUGAGUUCUCCAAUAUCAAGAAGAUUUAACAAUUUGUUUGGUAAAACAGGAACCUACAAUGUGUCCACCCCAGAAACAACCAGCUCAUCCCUGGAAAACACAUCCAGUGCUUAUUCAUUGCUCAACUGAGAACAGGAAAAUCCAGCCCAUGUGAUCUCUUGGGGAACAGUGGAUGUGCUCUGAAAGAGAGAUCCUUUCAAAGGCAUGGGUAAAAUGUUUUCUCCCCAGGCAUCUGGGAGCAGAUGCUGAAGAGACUUUCUCAGUAGGGAAGAGGCUUUCCUGUGUAAAGACAGACUAAAAGGAAUUGUUUGUUACAUUUAUGUUGCUGCCCAACCCCCACCCAAAUGUGUAUAGUAUUUAAGUGAAACUCAAGCCCAACUUCUCUGUCUAUAUUGUAAAAUAGAAUUUCAAAGAGACAUUUUUACCUUUCAACACCCUGGGUCCAACGACUAGCUUUGAUUAAAAUAAUAAGUUGAAGGCUAGUAUGUAGGAAAUGCUUCAGUGGAUUCUAGACAGGAAGGAAGGAAGAAGGGAGGGAGGGAGGAAGAAGGGAGGAGCAAACUUGAAGGAAAAGAAAAAGACUGAGAACAAAAUAAGGACCACAUUUUCAGAUUUCCAUGUUAAUGAUCUCUGAUAAUUAGUUAAUACUCAGAGGCUGCAACGCUGAGAAUCCAAAAAUGGCUCCAAAGUGGAAACUGAAGUUUAGCCGUGGAGAAAGUUCAAUAUCUUCCUGGUAUUUUCUUAGCUGUGAGAGACCAAAAAAGGCAGUGAAAAAAAUAGGGAGGAAAUUAUAUCAUCUGGAUGCUUUCAAGUGGAUGAUGAUACUUACAAGAAAUGCAUGGAAGGAGACAUGAUUCUUAUGAUGCUAAACAAACACACACACACACACACUACUAUAUAUUAAGGUUUGAACUAAGUGUAAUAAAUCUACAGAGGACGUUUGAUAACCCUGCUUUGUUAGAGCCAAGCAGACCAACUGCUGAUCACAUUUUUUAUAGUUUAUCAGAAAAGGCUUAUCUUUUGGUUUGUUCCACUUUUUGAAAGCAAAAAAAUAUAUAUACAUAUAUAUUUUUAUAUCCAUUUCUUUCCAAGUGGGAUGUAGUGCACUGAAAACAGAACCACCCCCACCAACUGUCAUGUAUUCUAUUUAACAGCUUUACAGGUACUUCUCCGUGCGUGAUAGACUAGAUUUUAAUUAUCUCAUAGUGUUGGUUGUAUAUUAUUAUUGUUACUGUUACUGUGGAGUUGGUGGCCCUGGCGUGUUGUCUAGGUCUCUGUGUAUUAGUUCUUUCAGUCCCUAAGUUCCCAGACCAAUAUACAUGAAGAAUUUUCUACUGUCUAAGUUGUGUUUAUUCCAACCACUUAGAAAUCUUCUGGAAAGAAGUUUUAUAGCUGGCUCGUCUGUGCCCCUAAUGACACCUUGAUGAACAGAUGGUGGAGAUUGUUCGUGAA